GAGACUGUGAAAGCCGUACGUGCUAUUAUAUACAUAUAUAUUUCUAAAUAGUGCAUGUAGUGAACAUGAGUGAGCUGAGGGAGCAUAGAAGCCGUACGCGGUACGAUUCGUGUGUGACGGAACGUGAACGUUCGAGGGAGCGUGUGCGCUCAAGGGACGAUUCGCGCGAUUCGGGUGGUGCACGCUCGGGAGAAAACUCCGAACGAGUGCGUAGGACAAGUGUGCGGGGAGAUUCGCGUGAAUCUUCACAAGAUUCGCGUGGGUCUUCGCGAGAUUCGCGUGGGUCUUCGCGAGAUUCGCGGGGCCGUUCGAAAAAACGAUCGCGAAAGGGAAAGGAGACGAAAAAUCAUGGCAGAGCGGAUCGCCGUCGUUCAGAGAGGCGAUCGCGGGAUAGGUCCUCCCGAAGGGAGAGGCGAGGACGUUCGCGAGAAUCGUCGCGACGAAGAUCGCGGUCACCAUCGGCGUCGCGGAGGUCCUCUACGAGGGAGAGUGCAACGGUGGAAGCGCUGCUUCAGACGGUGCAGAAAUUGCAAGAGGAACUGUGCAAUGCGCGGUAUAAGCUGGCAGCGCAGGAACAUCUAGUGCCUCAAUUUGAUCCGGCGGACGACAAAGCGGACAUAGAGAUAUGGGUGCGUGAUGUGGAUAGAAUUGCAAGGCGUGGGAGUUGGCGCGAUGACGAUAUAAUGUGUUACAUUGCGCGCCAAUUGCGGGGGCACGCGCGACAGUUUUUCGAUGAGGAACAACGGCGAGACCCCACCUGGGAAAUGUUGAAGACGGCGCUCGUCGCUCGUUUUAGGAAACCCCUGCCUUUUAAUCGGCUGUUUCGAGAUGCUGCCAAUUACACAGCGCAGCCGGGACAGAAGCUGGGGGAUUACUGUUUUAAUAAACUGACCAAGUUGAGGGCGUUGAAGGUGGACAUUCCUGACGAGUUUUUAAGGGAUGCAGUAAUCGGGAGCAUUGGUGAUGAGACGAUCGAGAGAACAAUUCGAUCAAACAAAUAUGCGAGUGCCGACGAGCUGUAUGUGGCGAUGCGGGAGAUGGGCGUGAUGCCGAAAUCGGAAGGAGUUUCGGCAGCAAAGGCGUCGCGGGUUGCUGAGCGGACGCCGAUAUCGGUAGCAGGGCCGUCGGGGGUGCGAGCCGCGGAUAGAAAGAAGCAGCCGGGUGAUCAGUCGAAGCACAUGACUAAGUUCGUGUGUUUUAACUGCGGUGAAGAGGGGCACGUUGCGAGGACCUGCUCGAAGCCGCGGCGAAAGUGUAUGAGGUGCCAAAAGGAUGGGCAUCAGGAGCGGUUCUGCUACAGAACGAAGGUAGCGGUGAAUGUAGUACAGGUGAGUCCGAAUGAUAAUAAAUGGGUGAUGCACGCCCGAGUUAAUGGAAGAAGGGUCCAGUGUCUGUUGGACACCGGUAGUGCAAGGACUCUUAUUUCCAAGGCGGUUGCAAUUCGGCUGGGUAUUAAGAUGGUCGAGGGACCUUUAAUACAAUUGCGGGGUUACGGGAGUUUAGGGUCCUGUAAUCGUUUGAGGGCGGAAGUGACGAUACAAGUCAUGGAAGCGAUUGCCGAUGUCACUGCUAUUAUUGUUGAGACAGAGGCAAUGAUCUAUCAGGUAAUUGUGGGGCAAGAUUUCAUUGGUCAGGACCAUGUGAUUUUGAUUAAAAUACGGGACCGGAUCAUUGUUAAGGAAUUGUCGAGCGUUGGGGUUGAGCCACAAUCGUUAAUAGAUGCGUAUGCGACGGAAGCGGUGUUUGACUUAAGCGCGUUAGAUUGCGAUGAGAUGUCGGAAGAAGAACGAAUUGGUUGUAUAAGAGUCAUUGAGGAAUAUAGGGAUCGGGUCACGACAUCGAUGCGGUCAUUGGGUAAAACAAGUCUUGUUAAAAUGGAUAUAAAGUGCACGACUGAUGUACCGGUCGUUUAUCGUCCAUAUCGGAUGGCUGAGGUAGAGCGUGUAGCAGCGCGGGAAAUCGUAGAGGAAUUGUUGGAAAACGGAAUAAUUCAGGAGUCUAUUUCACCAUAUGCGAGUCCCAUUACGCUUGUAAAGAAGAAAACGGGCGAGUAUCGACUCUGCGUGGAUUAUCGGCGGUUGAACGCGGUUACCAUUAGGGAUCAGUAUCCUCUCCCGUUAAUCGAAGACCAGAUAGAUCGGUUAGGAGGGUACUGGUAUUUUACGGCGAUUGACUUGGCUGCGGGAUAUUACCAGGUAGCGAUGAGCGAAGAAGCCAUACCGAAGACAGCUUUUGUUACUCCCGACGGGCAUUAUGAAUGUGGGAUUCGGUAAAGAGCAAUUAAUUUUUGCGUGGUAUGAGUGUGUGUGAUGUACGAGUGUGAAACAAAAGAGUGUGAAUGCGAAAAUAUAUAAAAGCGCGACAGCG